AUGAUUCCAACUCCAACCGUUGUUGCUGCUGUUGACGUGUCGACUUGGACUAGCAAGCGAGGGGGGCACGGCAAGAGGUGGGGGGAGGAGGAGGAGGGGGAGGAGGAGGAAGAGGAGGGGGAAGAUGGAGAGGAGGAGGAGGGGCCAAAGCAGAGGCAAGAGGAGGAGAAGGAGGAGGAGGUGGUGGAGUUGGUGAUGAUGGGGCAGAGGGGCGUGCUUGUAGGAAGCGGGGAGAAGACAAGAGCGAUGCUGCUGGGUGGUGUUGGAGUGGCGGAGGAAGGGGAGGAGGGGGAGGAGGGGGAGGAGGGGGAGGAGGGGGAGGAUGAGGAGGAGGGAGUAGCUUUGCUGUUUGAGAAAGUGAAAGAGGUGAAGAAGGAGGAGGAGUUGCAGGACGGGGAGGGGGAGGGAGAGGAGGGAGAGGAGGGAGAGGAGCGAGAGGAGGAAUAUGAGGAGGAAUUGGAGGUGGAAUUUGAGUCGAUGCUCGAAAGGAUGUACAAAGGCUGGGCAAAGAAAAUAGCUCCGCUGCCGCUGCCACCACCACCGUUGGUGUCGCCGCUGCCUCCGCCACCACCGUCGCCGCUGCUGGUGCCAAGGAGAAUGGAGGGCCAGGAAGAGCCUUGGGAGGAACCGGAUGAAUCAGAGGAGGAGGAGGAGGAGGAGGAGGAGGAGGAGGAGGAGGAGGAGGAGGAGGAGGAGGAAGAGUUGACCAGAGAAGCAUCACCCGAGAGAAUGAAAGAUGAAGGGGACGCUGAGGCAGAGGAGGAGGAAGGCGAGGGAGGGAACUGGAGUAGCAGCGGUGUGUCUGUGCUGUUCCCACUACCACCACCAGCACCAGCGCUGCCAUUGGCAGCAGCGGCAGGCAGAAGCUGGAGGGACAAGGCGUCGACCAUUGUGGCGUUGGCUCCUCCCUUCACCUGCAGCACCACCGUCGUCGAUUCCCCUGCUGCCACGAACUGGAUGGCCGCCACGUGGAACGACAGCGCUGCUAUAAGCACGGAUUGGUUACCCAGCAGGAUUUGCAGGGCGAAGGGCGAGGGCGGGGCGAACGGGAGAGGCACAGACGCCAGGGAAAGCUGCAGCAGGUACGUAGCUCCUGGCACGGUUGGCACGGUUUGGGAUAGAGAACCCUCGCAGGGGGACACGGGAGAGGAGGAGGAAUAG